AUGUACACAUACAUGGAAUACCUCCAGAAAUGCUUCUACAAGUCCACCAACUGGAAUGAAGAUAACAUAUUCUCCAACAUAACGGCGUCAUCGCUGGCGAUUCUCGAUUUCCCGAUCCCAACUGGCUUUAAACUCGACUCGUCAAAUAAAUCUACAGAGUAUCUGGCCUCUAGCUUUACGCUCUCUAACUACCACUCUAUCAAUGGCUCACUAGCUUACUUGUACUCCUCGGUCCCACUCCGUAACACCAUGGGAACGAAGGAAAUCUCGCUCCAAGACGCCCUAGUAGGAUUUCGGAUCAUCGAGCCAUCAUCAAAUAACCACAAACAACUUAGCAGCUCCAAGCGUCACGAUCGUAGUUCGUUGCUCUACGGCAGAAUGUAUUUCCCGGGCUCGGCCCUUGAAGCCAUGAUAAUAAAACGGAUCUCAGCCCAUACCCAAUUGUUGAUAAAAUGUAUCAACAAUCCACAUAUGGACAAGAACGGAACCAUGAUCGUUUAUCUACAAAAGAAUGCUCCCAAGUAUCUGCGAGAAUUCAUCUACUCUACCAAUGAAUCGCUAAUAGGAUUCAGAUGCUUGUACAACUUGGGUAACUCUGAUAAUUCAUUGAACACAGCUUUGAUACCAAAGUUCGAUAAUUCGGUUAUCUCUAUCGGAACGGAAUUAUGGUAUGCUGCUAGAACUAUGAGCCCGGGACUAUCCACUGCUUUUAGAUACUCUACUAGAUCUACUUCAACAGGAAAACCGCUCACCAUGACACUAGCUGUAAACCCGAUUCUCGGCCACCUUUCAUCGACAUACACGGUGAAGACGUCUGUAGCAUCGACUUUCAGCUCCCGGUACGAUUUCAACUUCUUUUCCUACGCCAGCAACUUGUCUUUGGGAUUCGAACUCUACAACUACUCCCGUGAGAAUCCUGUUCAUUCAUUUGCUAACAGAUCAGUUAAUCUUUCUUCGGAGGAAAACCGUUUUUUACUGCACCAGGACCGUAAGGUCCGUGGCCAACACGGUGGGAACACAAUUCCAAUUCGAUCGCAUACUUCUAUAGCGCAGAAAGAUCAUAGCAAUAUGAUCAUAAACCCAAUCCAGAACUUGGACAACUACUACCAUAUAAACCCGACCCUCUUGCCUGAAAAGAAAAAGCUCUUGGACGAAGUCGAACUCGCAGCCCAUCUCUCAAGUGAAAAUUCCGAAAGUGUAACGACAGCUUUCCAAAAUCUUGUAAAUGAGAGCGACUUUGCGAGCGUGGUCAAGUUCUCCACUAGCCUCAACGACAGGAUGGUAAAAAUUCUCUGGGAGGGCCGAGUCAAAGACUUCUUGGUCAGCACUGGAGUCAAGGUAGGGAUGAAUCCGGUGACCAACGCGCCGGAGUUCAACCGUUUUGGGGUUAGUUUCUCCUACGCCUGUUAG